UACGCCGACGGGCUACCGAUGGCAUCCAAGGACCAUGGAGGCGGCGCUCCUCGGAAAGACGGAUCUGACGACGACUGCGGCUGCGGGUCCUGGACGAUAGCUCUGCUCCUGUACACGUCCUUCUGGCUGGUCAUGAAGUACCUGCCGCCGAUGGAUUCCUUGCCCGGGAUUCGAGAGCUCGACGGCUCGCCGCCAUGCAACGACGACAAGCCGACCACGUGCUCCGUGGAGCUAGCCGGCGCCAGGGGGCUCGACCCGGCGCUGGCUCCGGGCGCGACCUCGCCGGCCUUCGACCUCGUCGUGCACGUUGACAAUGGCCAUGUCUACGAGCUGUGCCAUGGCGGCGGCGACGUCGUCAUCUCCUACGCGGGCGUACCCCUCGCGCGCGGGCGCACGCCGAGCUUCCGGCUGGCGGCCAAGGACACGGGGCGGUGGCCGGUGAACGUAACGGGCGCGGGGCUGGGGAUCCCGGCGGAUUUGUCUCGCCUCAUGACGGCGGAGCGGAGAUGGGGGGUGGCGCAGCUGGAGAUCGACAUGGGCCUGGCCUGGCAGUCCUUCACGUGCGACGUUUUGGUCGGCGGACAACCCGGCGCAUCAGCGUGCAGGCUAGCUUAGCACACGUUUUAGAGCGUAGAUUCAUUUAUUUUGCUUCUUACAUAUUUCCUCCGUUCCAAAAUAAAUGACUCAAGUUUGUACAAGGAGUAGUUUAUAUUAAAAAAAUUAGAGGUCUUCGUUCCUAAAUAUAAGUUCUUUUAGAGAUUUUGGAGGGAAUAUGUUAUAAACAUUAAAUAUGUAUUUAUAUGCAACUCCACCAAAUGCAUUGUA